AUGGCAUCGGUCAAUGCUGCCUCAAAUUCCAACAACGAAAAAUUAGAUUUUAUCACCUCGAGCAAAGGUCAACCGUUAUUAGUGAUGAAUAAUUACAUCUUUGUUCAUACAGACAUAAACAAUAACUAUUUAUGUGGUGGUAAAAAUGAAUAUGAGCAUGCUGCUAAUCCAGAAUUACUUGAAAUUCAUCAAACACGUCAACAAAUAAAACGACAAGUAAUGAAUGAGUUAACACCAAUAGGAGCAGUUUAUGACGAGAAAAUGUCGAAAACAUCUAUGAGUUCAACAGCCAUUGCUAUAUUUCCAACGGUCCGCGAAAUUUACCAAGGUUUUGCGAAGACUCGACGAAAAGCAAUGCCACCCGCUCCACAGUCAUGUAUAUUUGACAUUCCCGAACAAUAUACAUUGACAAUUGACAAUAAAAGAUUUUUAUUAUUUGAUGAAGCUCGUGUUCGAUGA